AUGAUAAUCGGUAUACCAAAUACGAGUAAGGGUUCGUCCACACACAACGACGAACGUAAACAGGAGAGGGAUGGAGACGAUUCUGGAACCAGUGAAAUGCUUCAGCUACUCUUGAAGGGACAACUACUCCAUUUACCAGAGAGUGAGACAUCGCACUCCCGCCGAUCAUAUAACCGCAACCCUUUGCUGUCUCUGUUCGAUAACGACCGAGCUCACUCCAGGGAAUUCAAGACAUUAGACAGUGUUGAGUCUCGUCAACGACAUAUGAGCCAUGAUCGUCACAGACAUGAUCAGUCUAAUGAAAGAUACAGAAACAGAAAUUACGACAAUAGAAAUUUAAAUGAAAAACACGUACAUACUCACAAUGACAAACAUCAUCAAAAUCGAGACAGCCUUUAUGAUAAACUUGAACCUUACGUCAGUCAUAGUAACAUCUUGCUGCUGAAAGAACUUUUUGGGGACGACAACCAUCAACAUGAUUACAAAAACAGACACGAUCUUAAUAGAAAUGAUUAUAACAGGCGUGAAAAAGGACAUUACGAUAAUAGAAACGAUGAACAUAAUAAUAGACAUUCCCGCUAUUCAGAUUUUGGACAUCGUCAACAAAAUCGUAACAGACAAAUGUAUAAUCAACUCAGUUCUCUAAGCAGAGUAGAUAAACCUGUUCUUCGAACAGGAGACUAUGAUAGAGAUCAUAAUUUGGAUGACACAGUCAGGAGGCAAGAUGACAGGGAUCAGAGACAAGACGACAGAACUUUUAGACAAGAUUACAGGAAUCAAAGACUUGAUGACAAAUAUGAACAUCGAGGUGACAGAAAUCAAAGACUUUAUGACAGAAACGUACGUCUUGACGAUAGAAAUCAAAGACUUUAUGACAGAUACAACAGACAUGAUGACAGAAGUCAAAGAUUAGAUUACAGAAAUAUCAGACUUGAAGUAAGAAAUCCAAGACUAGACGAUAGAUAUAAUAGAGAAGAUGAGAGGAAUCAAAGACUUGAUGACAGAUACAACAGGCUAGAUGACAGGAAUCAAAGACUUGAUGACAGAUACAACAGGCUAGAUGACAGGAAUCAAAGACUUGAUGACAGAUACAACAGGCUAGAUAGCAGGAACCAAAGACUCGAUGACAGAUACAACAGGCUAGAUAGCAGGAACCAGAGACUUGAUGACAGAUACAACAGGCUAGAUGGCAGGAACCAAAGACUUGAUGACAGAUAUAACAGACAAGAUGACAGAUUUCAGCGACUUGAUGAUAGAAAUCAAAGAGUUGAUUACAGAUUGAACAGGCUAUCUGACAGGAAUCAAAGACUUGAUAACAGAAAUCCAAGACUUGAUGACAGAUAUAACAGACAAGAUAACAGAAACUCAAGACUUGAUGAUAGGAACCAAAGAGUCGAUGACAGAUAUAAUAGACAAGAUAAUAUAAGGCUUGAUAGCGAUAGAUAUCAAAAACAAGACGACAGAUUCCAAAAACACGAAUACACUUUCCAAGACAAAAAAGAUUUAGACAACACACAAAGCAAUAAGCAAAGAAAUCAUCAAGAUUUAACUGACAAUCUGAAUAAUCAAUUGUUAUUGCAACAUCGAGGCAAAUUUGACUACGGCGGGCUUCUAAGCCAGAAGCGAAGACCGACCUAUCUAGACCGCAAAAAGAGUUACAACAAUUUACGAGCCAGAUUAGAAGAACAGGAUGAUGAGUAUCGUGAUGAUGACCGCAAAGAUCAAGAUAUCAGAAGCGGUGGUUACGAUGAGCAGAAAUAUCAAGCCCGUUUGCGCAGUCUAAAGUAUAAACUUAAUAAAAAUCUCCAAGACAUUGAACGAUCUCCGGUCAAAAGUCUCCUUCGUGCUGCUGAUAAUUUAGAUUGCGCGGCUCAACUUCAAUGUAUAAAACGAUGUGGAUCAAAUUCGUCAAAGCCGCAACAAGACGAAUGUCACAAUACUUGUCAAGAAGAGAUACCGUGUCAAAAUGAUGAUUAUGAGGACCUUUGCAAUGAGUCAGGUCAUGACAGCUGCGGAGGUGUAGGUACUGGAAGUACUAAGGGUGAAUUACUGGAAGAGAAUAAUAAUUGCUGUUAA